CUCUCUAGCUAUGCCAUCUCAGUAACAAGCAGCUCUCUCUUAAUAUUGGCUUUCCAUUUUCGAGCAAAACAAAAAAAAAAAAAAAAAAUGGGGAAGCUUUUUAAGUAUGUUGCUGUUUUUACUGUUAUGUUUGUUUUGGUGAUUGGAGUGAAAUGCCGGAAGCUUGAGGAAGACACAUUCACUCACGGCGGCAUUGGAGGUGGUGCCGGAGGUGGCGGUGGAUUUGGUGGAGGUGCUGGAGGAGGAGGAGGACAUGGUGGUGGUAUCGGAGGUGGCUUUGGAGGUGGAAAAGGUGGUGGCGGUGGAGUUGGAGGAGGACAUGGUGGUGGAGUCGGAGGUGGUUUUGGAGGUGGAAAAGGUGGUGGUGGAGGUGGAGGAGGAGCCGGAGGUGGCUUUGGAGGAGGAAAAGGUGGCGGCGGUGGAGUUGGUGGAGGUGUAGGAGGUGGAGGUGGUGCAGGAGGAGGAGCUGGUGGAGGCUUUGGUGGAGGAAAAGGAGGAGGCGGAGGAGUCGGAGGAGGUGUUGGUGGUGGUGCAGGUGGAGGCGCUGGUGGAGGAGCUGGAGGAGGCUUUGGAGGCGGCAAAGGAGGUGGUGGAGGAGUUGGAGGAGGUGUUGGAGGUGGUGCAGGUGGAGGAGCCGGUGGAGGCUUUGGAGGAGGCAAAGGAGGCGGUGGAGGAGUAGGUGGCGGUGCAGGUGGUGGCUUUGGGGGUGGCAAAGGUGGUGGUGGAGGUGCAGGUGGAGGCGUUGGUGGGGGUGCCGGAGGUGGUGCAGGCGGCGGUUUUGGAGGUGGCAAAGGUGGUGGCGUAGGAGGUGGGGGUGGUGCCGGAGGAGGCUUUGGAGGAGGCGCUGGUGGUGGUGGAGGUUUCGGUGGUGGUGCCGGUGGAGGAGCUGGUGGCGGAUUUUAAUUAAAAAAAAAAAAAAAAAGAAUAUAAAGUUAUCAGCUAUAGCAAGCAAGAGGAAUGUGAUGAUGAAUACCAUGCAUGUUAGUGCAUGCAUGGAUAUAGCUAGUGUAGAACUUUUAUGUAAUUCGAUCUAAAAGAAUAAAAUGAAAAGCUUUUAUGGCUUUUUUUUU